AGGGGGAGGUGGGCCACGAAGGGGCAGCUAGGCUUCGAAGUGAACCGCCCGCAGAGGCUUCGGGGGCGGGAAUACCCCGGCCGCCUAGCCUGCAAACCCAGCGGCCCGAGCCGCCCGACACGCUGCGGCGUGGGCUCGCCGCCCGCUCGGGGUUCCCGAGUCAGCGCGGGUGGGGGCGGGGGAGGAGCGGGCGCUCCGCGCGGCGCAGGCGCAGAGUGCGCCUCGCUUGUCAAACAUGGCUGAAGGGCCGCCGCUGCCGCUACUGCCGCUGCAGGGAAAAUGCUGAGCCCUCCCGGGCCGGGUGGGCGGCGGCGGCGAGGGCGGCUACGGGCACCUGCUUCCCGGGCGCGGCGGAGGCGGCCAUGGCCCGGCUGGCUGACUACUUCAUCGUCGUAGGCUACGACCACGAGAAGCCAGGGUCAGGAGCAGGUCUGGGGAAAAUAAUCCAGAGAUUUCCACAGAAGGACUGGGAUGAUACACCUUUUCCACAGGGAAUUGAAUUGAGAUUAAAUUCCAUCUGGAUACAAGUCCUUCACCAGUUUUGUCAGCCUGGUGGGUGGCAGCUGUCCAGAGAGAGGAAGCAGCCGACGUUUUUUGUGGUGGUCCUGACAGAUAUUGACUCAGAUCGACAUUACUGCUCGUGCCUAACCUUCUAUGAGGCAGAAAUCAACCUUCAGGGAACAAAGAAGGAAGAGAUUGAAGGUGAAGUGGAAGUGUCUGGUUUAAUUCAGCCCGCAGAAGUGUUUGCUCCCAAGAGCCUGGUGUUGGUAUCCAGAUUGGAUUAUCCAGAAAUUUUUAGGGCUUGCCUAGGUUUGAUCUACACUGUGUACGUGGACAGUCUGAAUGUCUCCUUGGAAAGCCUCAUUGCAAACCUGUGUGCAUGCCUUGUCCCAGCCGCGGGAGGGUCUCAGAAGCUGUUUUCCUUGGGUGCAGGAGAUAGACAGCUGAUCCAGACUCCUUUGCAUGACAGUCUUCCUGUCACAGGCACUAGUGUGGCUCUCCUGUUUCAGCAGUUGGGAAUUCAAAAUGUCCUCAGCCUCUUUUGUGCAGUUCUCACAGAAAAUAAGGUUCUCUUCCAUUCUGCAAGUUUCCAGAGACUUAGUGAUGCUUGCAGAGCCCUGGAAUCUUUAAUGUUUCCUCUUAAAUAUAGUUAUCCUUAUAUCCCCAUUCUCCCGGCUCAGCUGCUGGAAGUUCUAAGUUCCCCAACGCCUUUCAUUAUUGGAGUACAUUCUAUCUUUAAAACUGAUAUCCAUGAACUUCUAGAUGUAAUCAUAGCAGAUUUGGAUGGAGGCACUAUUAAAAUUCCUGACUGUAUUCACCUCUCUUCCCUCCCGGAACCACUUCUACAUCAGACUCAAGCAGCUCUUUCUUUGAUUCUACACCCAGAUUUGGAAGUAGCAGAUCAUGCUUUUCCCCCUCCACGAACAGCUUUAUCCCACUCAAAAAUGCUGGAUAAAGAAGUACGCGCAGUUUUUCUUAGAUUAUUUGCACAACUUUUCCAAGGAUACAGAUCAUGCCUACAACUUAUAAGAAUUCAUGCAGAACCAGUAAUACAUUUUCACAAGACAGCUUUCCUGGGGCAGCGUGGUUUGGUUGAGAAUGAUUUCCUCACUAAAGUUCUCAACGGAAUGGCAUUUGCAGGCUUUGUUUCAGAAAGAGGUCCUCCCUAUAGAUCCUGUGAUCUCUUUGAUGAGUUGGUAGCUUUUGAAGUAGAGCGAAUUAAAGUUGAAGAAAAUAACCCAUUGAAGAUAAUAAAGCAUGUCAGAGAACUUGCCGAGCAACUAUUCAAAAAUGAGAAUCCCAACCCUCAUAUGGCAUUCCAGAAAGUUCCACGCCCAACAGAAGGAUCCCACUUGCGAGUUCAUAUUCUUCCUUUCCCAAAGAUUAAUGAAACUCGGGUACAGGAAUUAAUACAGGAAAAUCUUGCUAAGAACCAGAACGCACCUCCUGCUUCACGAGUGGAAAAGAAAUGUGUUGUGCCAGCAGGUCCACCUGUUGUUUCGAUAAUGGAUAAGGUGACAACAGUUUUCAACAGUGCACAGAGAUUGGAAGUUGUUCGAAAUUGCAUCUCAUUCAUAUUUGAAAAUAAAACAUUGGAGACUGAAAAGACCCUUCCAGCUGCAUUGAGAGCCCUUAAAGGAAAGGCAGCAAGACAGUGUCUCACUGAUGAGCUGGGUUUACAUGUCCAGCAAAACCGGGCUAUAUUAGACCAUCAACAGUUUGACUAUAUAAUAAGGAUGAUGAACUGUACUCUACAGGAUUGUUCCAGUUUAGAUGAGUAUAACAUUGCUGCAGCAUUGCUCCCUUUGACCAGUGCUUUCUACAGGAAACUGGCCCCUGGAGUCAGCCAGUUUGCUUACACCUGUGUUCAGGACCACCCCAUUUGGACGAAUCAGCAAUUUUGGGAGACAACCUUCUACAAUGCAGUGCAGGAACAGGUGCGCUCCCUGUAUCUCUCAGCCAAGGAAGACAAUCAUGCCCCAUAUUUCAAGCAAAAGGAGAAGCGUCCAGAUGACCAGUACCAGGAGAAGACAGCGAUGGACCUGGCGGCGGGGCAGCUGCGCCUCUGGCCUUCUCUGAGCAAAGCAGCUCAGCAGGAGCUGGUACAACGUGAGGAAAGCACUGUCUUCAGUCAGGCCAUUCAUUUUGCAAACCUCAUGGUCAACCUGCUAGUUCCACUGGAUACAAGUAAAAACAAGCUCCUAAGAGCAUCAGCGCCAGGCGACUGGGAGAGCGGAAGCAACAGCAUUGUCACAAACAGUAUUGCAGGAAGCGUAGCAGAGAGCUAUGAUACGGAAAGUGGGUUUGAAGAUUCAGAGAAUAAUGACGUCGCCAAUUCUGUUGUGCGAUUCAUUACCCGAUUUAUUGACAAGGUUUGCACAGAAAGUGGAGUUACUCAGGAUCACAUCAAGAGCCUUCAUUGCAUGAUACCAGGAAUUGUAGCUAUGCACAUUGAGACCCUAGAAGCAGUACAUCGAGAGAGUAGAAGACUCCCGCCUAUACAGAAGCCCAAGAUUCUUAGGCCUGCUCUACUGCCAGGAGAAGAAAUCAUUUGUGAAGGUCUUCGAGUCCUGCUGGACCCUGAUGGAAGAGAAGAAGCUACCGGAGGUCUUCUUGGAGGCCCUCAGCUCCUGCCAGCAGAAGGAGCCUUGUUCCUCACCACAUAUAGAAUUCUUUUCAGGGGGACUCCCCAUGAUCAGCUAGUUGGUGAGCAGACAGUUGUACGGAGUUUUCCCAUUGCCUCCAUCACCAAGGAGAAGAAGAUUACAAUGCAGAACCAGCUACAGCAGAACAUGCAGGAGGGAUUUCAGAUCACAUCAGCAUCUUUUCAGUUGAUUAAAGUUGCGUUUGAUGAAGAAGUGAGUCCAGAAGUAGUAGAGAUCUUUAAGAAACAGCUAAUGAAGUUCCGUUAUCCUCAGUCCAUUUUCACCACCUUUGCUUUUGCUGCUGGACAAACUACCCCCCAAAUAAUUUUACCCAAACAGAAGGAAAAGAACACUUCCUUCCGCACCUUCUCAAAAACAAUUGUGAAAGGUGCCAAAAGGGCAGGGAAAAUGACAAUUGGGCGGCAGUAUUUAUUGAAGAGGAGGACAGGGACAAUUGUGGAAGAGAGAGUGAAUCGUCCUGGAUGGAAUGAAGAAGAUGAUAUAUCAGUUUCAGAUGAUAGUGAACUCCCCACAAGUACCACUCUGAAGGCCUCAGAGAAGUCUACGAUGGAGCAGUUAGUGGAAAAAGCUUGUUUCAGAGACUAUCAGCGUUUGGGUCUGGGAACCAUAAGUGGCAGCUCUUCUCGCUCAAAACCAGAGUAUUUUCGAAUCACUGCCUCCAACAGGAUGUAUUCACUCUGCCGGAGCUACCCUGGCCUUUUAGUUGUGCCUCAAGCUGUACAAGACAGUAGUUUACCAAGAGUCGCCCGCUGCUAUCGACACAAUCGCCUGCCUGUUGUAUGUUGGAAGAACUCAAGAAGCAGUACCCUGCUUCUCCGAUCUGGAGGAUUCCAUGGGAAGGGAGUAGUUGGUCUUUUCAAAUCUCAGAACUCCCCUCAGGCAGUUCCUACCUCCUCUUUAGAAUCUUCCAGUAGCAUAGAACAAGAAAAAUACCUGCAAGCCUUACUGAAUGCAGUUUCUGUCCAUCAGAAACUCAGUGGCAGUAACACCCUUACUGUCAGGCCAGCACUUGCUCUGUCUCCAGGGCCUGAGAGGAGGACUUCAAGAAUGUCCACUGUGCUUAAGCAGGUAGUGCCAGGACACUUGGAUGUACACCCAUCCAAUAGCUUUGCUCGAGGAGUGCAUGGGCACAGAGAUAAAUGUUUUACUCAGUCAAAUCCCAAAUCUUCAAUUAAGGGAAGAGUCCAUAAUCAAGGUGUAUGGGCAAGUCUUCGCUCUAGCACUCGCCUGAUCAGCUCUCCAACAUCCUUCAUUGAUGUUGGUGCCCGGCUGGCAGGCAGGGACCACUCGGCAUCCUUUAGUAACAGCACCUACCUGCAAAACCAGCUCUCGAAACGCCAAGCAGCCCUUUAUAUAUUUGGUGAAAAGUCACAACUAAGGAACUUCAAGUUAGAAUUUGCUUUAAAUUGUGAGUUUGUUCCUGUUGAAUUUCAUGACAUCCGACAAGUUAAAGCCAGUUUUAAAAAACUGAUGAGGGCAUGUGUCCCAAGCACCAUCCCUACUGACUCAGAAGUGACCUUCCUGAAAGCCCUGGGAGACUCUGAGUGGUUCCCACAGCUUCACAGGAUAAUGCAGCUGGCUGUGGUUGUAUCAGAAGUACUUGAGAAUGGUUCCUCAGUUUUGGUCUGUUUGGAGGAAGGCUGGGACAUCACUGCACAAGUGACAUCCCUGGUGCAGUUACUCGGUGAUCCCUUCUAUAGGACACUCGAAGGGUUCCGGAUGUUGGUCGAAAAGGAAUGGCUCUCUUUUGGUCAUAAAUUCAGUCAGCGGAGCAGCUUGACCCUCCACUGUCAGGGUAGUGGUUUUACUCCAGUCUUCCUGCAGUUCUUAGACUGUGUACACCAGGUUCACGACCAAUAUCCAGCGGAGUUUGAAUUCAAUCUCUAUUACUUAAAGUUCCUGGCUUUCCACUAUGUGUCUAAUCGCUUUAAAACAUUUCUCCUGGAUUCAGACUAUGAAAGAUUAGAGCAUGGAACUUUGUUUGAUGAUAAAGGAGACAAGCAUGCCAAAAAAGGAAUUUGUAUUUGGGAGUGUAUUGACAGAAUGCACAAGAGGAGUCCCAUUUUCUUUAAUUAUUUAUAUUCACCAGUGGAAACAGAGGCCCUGAAGCCCAGUGUAAAUGUCUCCAGCCUCAAGAAGUGGGAUUACUACGUAGAGGAGACCCUUUCCACAGGGCCUUCAUAUGACUGGAUGAUGCUGGCCUCCAAGCAGUUCCCCUCCGAGGACUCUGAAGUGGCCGGAGGAGCUGGGCCCCAGAGCCAGAGGAGAACGGUGUGGCCGUGCUAUGAUGACGUCAGCUGUGCUCAGCCCGAUGCACUCAGCAGCCUUUUCAGUGAAAUUGAAAGAUUGGAGCAUAAAUUGAACCAAACCCCUGAGAAGUGGCAGCAGCUGUGGGAACGAGUAACAGCGGACCUUAAGGAGGAACCCAGAGCAGACCGUCCCCAGAGACACCCUUCAGGCUCCCCAGGAAUUGUGUCUACCAACCUGCCCUCCUGUCAGAAGAGGUCUCUGCUGCAGCUCCCAGACAGCGGUGCAGGGCAGGGGCACAGCGCCAGCGUCUCCCCGUCCAAUGGCGUGGACCGCAGAGCAGCCACGCUGUACAGCCAGUACGCGUCCAGGAGUGAGGAGAACAGGUCCUUCGAGGGAACACUUUACAAAAGAGGGGCUCUGCUGAAAGGUUGGAAGCCCCGGUGGUUUGUGUUGGAUGUAACAAAACAUCAGCUGAGAUACUAUGACUCAGGUGAGGACACAAGCUGUAAAGGCCACAUUGACCUGGCCGAAGUAGAAAUGGUCAUCCCUGCUGGCCCCAGCAUGGGAGCCCCAAAGCACACGAGUGACAAGGCUUUCUUUGAUCUCAAGACCAGCAAACGUGUGUAUAACUUCUGUGCACAGGAUGGACAGAGUGCCCAGCAGUGGAUGGACAGGAUCCAGAGCUGUAUCUCCGAUGCCUGAUACCCACGGUCAACCCAAGCAGAAGAGGGAGGAAGGACGCACGCUGUCCGACAGAACAAAGCGCAUGAUCCCUCGAGGAGCUGACAGCUUCCUGCUUGGUUCUCAAGACUCAUCCCAGGCCUGAGGCUCUCCUGCCCAGGCUCACCGAGUGCCCUCUUUGAGCCGUUGCUAUGGCUGCUCAGCCUGAGUGAAUGUGUCACAGAGGGCUGGUCGAGAGCCCCCGGCAUUCCCUGUGUCUUGCACUAGGUCGUUCUAACAGGGUCUUAGUGGUUAGGGAUCAGAAGAAUGCUUCCUGAGCCAACCGUCAUCUAUCUCCUAGGCAAAAUGGCUACCCCUUACUUGACUCCUUCUUCAUGAAACUAGAUCCUUUUUGUUCCCAAGGUCAUAACUUCCUUGGAGAUUUUUCUGACAGGCAAAUAUCAAAACUGUCCAAGAUGAUCGUACAUCGUGUCCAGAACAGGUUUCCCAGCAGAACAGCUCCUACUCUUACCGCCUGACCUUAGAGACACUCAGUUCUUGGCGCUGCCAGAGGUGCUCCCCUAACCCUGCUUGGCCAUGGGGGUCGCAGCAAGGGCCUCAGUGCUCACACAGGAUUCUCCUGAAGGAAAAAGAGGGUCCAGGGAAUGAUGCAACCGUGACCAGGCCAAUGCAGGACAAUAUUGCUUCCAAAACACUGAAUUUUCUAGGCCAGAGGUGCCCUGAGGAUCCAGGACUUCGUGUUCCUAUGUAUUCUUCUGGUCCCUGACAGCUUCUUACCCAGAAUAACAUGCAAAAAGCCGAAUGCACUAACUCACAAAAUAAACACUUGCACUGAACUCUUAAUGAAGUGAAGAUGUUGGAAAGACGGAAGCCAGCUGUCCUGGAGCACCGCGCACCUGUGACAGGCUGUAGACGGCAGUCGCACGGUGCCAUGAUCAGAUGCCCAGACAGUGCUUCUGCACGUGAACAGUAAGAACGGUUCGUAGAUUUUCUUUACUUUUGAUAAUGUUGUCUUUGUUCAGCUUAAGACCUGAGGAGUGCUGUUUGUUCACCGCGAGUGGCAGCGGCGAGAUCUCUGCUUACCGCUGCAGCCAGCCGGAGUCAGGGGUAGUUAGAUCGUUGUUUGGAAAUGUUAAUAUGUUAAAUACCAAACUAAUAUUUCAAAAAUAUGUAUAUAUGAUUUCUAUAUCCUUGUUUUUCAGCUAGCCUACGUAUAAUUUAAUAUAAAAUUAACUGAUUAGUUCGUAAGAUUUCAGUAAUGAAAAUACUUCCCUUUUUAAAAAACAAAAAACCACUCUGUCUUUGUAGAUUACAAAUAAACCAGAUUUUCAAAUUUAAAAUUAUCUACACACUAGGAAAUAGAACUGUGUUAAUAUAUAAGAAAUUGGGGAAUAACAAGAAUGAAGGAUUUUUCUAUCGUUUUCAUUUUAUAAAUUGCCACCUGUGAAAAUGAUUUUGCACAUUAUUUGUAUUUUUUCUUUGUAUAUGAAAUAAUUUUUGUACUUUGUAAACUAUGGAGCCCGUUGUACCUUCAGCUAUUUGAGACUGUACACAGUGCUUCUUUUCUAACUGGAUUCUUCUAACUUUCGUAAACGUGUUACAUGCCUUCCAUUCACUAACCACCUUGAAUUAAAUUUAUUUCUUAAGAAAAAGCACCCUCA